ACUAUAUCUGGUUACAAGUAUACUUCACAACAAUCACUAUCUCUAACGGUAACGGCUUGAACAAUUGACCUCCAAAGGGUCAUUUGGUCCAUGAGGACCUUCCAUCACACCAGCUGGUGUGCUCUUUCAUUGGGCUCCCCAGGGCCCGUUUGCAGCCAUAUCUGAUCCCUGGGGCCAUUUCAAUCAUUAUUUUUCCCAGUCAAUCGUUCGCUCAUUAGUGAUAUUUCAUACUGCAUUCAGUUAAUCCUCAGCAGCUGUCUCUUUUUCUUUUUUUCGUUACUUUCUUAGGAUCUGAAUUCGUCGUUCAGCAAUGCAAGUCUCCCAGCUCAACGAAGCCUCUCUCCUUGAUUUCUCCUCAACGUUCGAAGAUUCCGGGUAUGAUACCUGUACCACCCACAUAAACGACAAUAAUUCCAUAGAAGGAGCAGGGUUAUGGGCGGCUGAGCAACUUUCUGUCUUUGACUCGGAAGCUCCAUCUCCAUCCGCGAGUGAAGAACCUGAAGCCCUCGAUGUCGAAGCUUCGAUUCCAGCAGUCACUGAGCAGCCUGAAGUUUCUUAUACUGAAGAUCCCCUUUCGCCAGUUACUAACCUACCUGAUGUUCCCAUGGCAGAAGCUCCAAUACAGUCAGUUGCCAGUUUUGAGGACGCAUCGGAAGCAGACGACGAGCAUGAGGUAUUCCUGGAGAGACUAAGCGGUCGACGAUGGCCUUUGGGCAUUUGCACUAUGCCGAGACUUAACUAUAAGAAUGGCACGUCAAGGCUGCAUCCUCGACCAUCCUUGUCAUUCUCUGUCGGACCGAAUGGAAAACGCUCCUCAGGCUCAUUGAGAUCCCCCGACCGGUUCUUGGCUUCAGUUGACUCUCAGGAUUCUUCGGCCCAGAAGUUCCGAGUGAACAAAGACUCACAGCAGCUUUCACCUUCUGAAAAGCUUAUCAGAAACGACAGUGCCAGCUUAGAUGCUUUCAGCCCGCGCCGGAAUUUCACAACUCCAAACCCUCCUGUUGUUGCAAUGAACAGAGGGAACAUUCCACCUGUUCGCCCUGGAGAGCCUAGCACUCUCAUGUUUCGACGAGAUUCUACUGCCAGCAAUGGCGAACGUCAAAUCAGUCUUGGCUCUGUUUGGGCCGUUGGUGGGUUGGCACCACUCAGCGUCGGGGUUUCAGAUGGUCGUGGUGGGUUGACGGGAUCUGGUACAAAUGCCCCCCUCUAUACGACAUCGUUUUCGAGUGCGACAUCAAAAGAGGAAGAUGACAGGGAGAAGCACGAAGGCCGUUUAGCCACAGCACUGGACCUUGAUAGGGCGCAGAGAAUACACGAUUUCGUCGACCAUUCUAUCUCACCGCCGAGAGCAGAUCCCCAAAGGCGAGAAUAUAGUGAAAUUGGAACAAAGAUCACCUGGAGAGGCACAGAAUGGGUUAGCAGUGGCUCCCAAGCCAAAGUCAAGAAAGCAACUGAGGCCCGAACAUUGCCUACGGCUCCUUUUAAAGUUCUUGACGCGCCUAACUUACGCGAUGAUUUUUACUGCUCCGUCCUGGCCUACUCCCAUACAUCCCAUACCUUAGCUGUUGGCCUUGGUUCUCUGCUCUACGCAUGGUCCGAAAUGCAAGGGGUUCAUUUACUCAAUUCUGGAAGCAAUAACGGCACUUGGUUGACGUCUAUUGCGUUUUCGUCCACGCAAGGUUGCAAGUGUAUACUUGCGUACGGGAGAUCAGAUGGAACCCUGAACCUCAUGUCUCUUUACGACCGCGCACUGCCUCGCUUUGAGGUUCAACAACCGUGUCCCAUUGCGUGCCUCACUUGGCGACCCACGGUGACAUUGAGACCUUCUCGGAGCCCUCAUUCGCUAGGCCAGCUAGUUAAGACCGAAGAUCUCGUUGUUGGAGACGAAGUUGGAAACGUUUAUUAUUAUGCUGUCGAGUGGCCCGAUGCCUGGGAAGUUGAUCGCAAUGGGUGGACGGGAGUCAUGACCCUUCUUGCCCGUAUUUCAGUUCACACUCAGCAGAUAUGCGGCCUGGCAUGGUCGCACGACGGAUCCUUGCUUGCCACAGGAGGGAAUGACAACUUGUGCUGUCUUUUUGAAGCUUAUAAGCUCUCAAUACCUCAGGAGGGCGAUCAACAAACUGACGAGCUCGUCACUGGCCUUGAUAGCGUCCAGCGCACCAUCUCUAUUCCUGGCAACAAUCGUAUCAAGAGCGUCCUGCUGGGGGCUGAAAAGCAUAGGUGGGUUCAUGGCGCCGCCGUGAAAGCUAUUGCUUUCUGUCCAUGGAGGGAUGGCCUCAUCGCAACUGGUGGAGGAAGCAAUGACAAGUGUAUCCAUUUUUUCCACGCCGUCUCCGGUGCUUGCUUGGCGACCAUCAGCGUUGCCGCGCAGGUAACCUCGCUAAUAUGGUCAACGACACGCCGCGAAAUAUGUGCCACGUUUGGCUAUGCACAGCCAGAGCAUCCAUACCGAAUUGCAGUGUUUUCAUGGCCGGAAUGCAAGCAGGUGGCUGCGAUUCCGUGGGAAGGAGAGCAUAGAGCCCUUUAUGCGAUCCCUUAUCCAGGCGGGCCGAAUGAUACUCAUAAUGCUAGUGAGGGUGGAAGCAGCCUGACUCGUACGGCACAAGAGGGCUGCAUUGUGGUUGCUGCAAGCGAUGAGAGCGUGAAGUUUCAUGAGGUUUGGAGUGCGGGCCAAAAAGCAACUGCUGGAGGCGAGGGGUUACUUGGAGGCAGCGAUAUCUUAGAGGGGCUGGAGGGUAUCGAUAAGGAGGGUGAGGUUAUUCGAUGAGGGAGAGAGGUUAUUCAAUUGAGGGACGAGGUUAUUCAACGAAUGGUUUACGGUAACGACAAUAUGAUUAUGGGGAACAGUAUCAAUACUUGAGCACUUUCGGAUGGUUUCAAAUACUCAGCAACGGCUGCGGCGAAUGGUGGCAAUUGGCGUUAAAGGAUCAGAUUGGCAACCUGCACUUAGCUGGUAGGAGGAGGGCUACAUUGAUAAACCGAGAAUGAUUGAAUGAAAUUCUUCGUGUGCCUGG